AUGAAGCGCAUACUCAUCUUGGACGGCGGCCUCGGCACGUCCCUCGAGCAAAAAUACAACACCAAGUUCAACCCAUCCACACCCCUCUGGUCGUCCGACCUCCUCGUCUCCGACCCCGCCACGCUCCUCCAAUGCCAGAGCGACUUUGGAGACGUCCCCGUCGACAUCCUUCUCACGGCAACCUACCAAGUCUCCAUUGCAGGAUUCGCCGGCACCAAAACGCCCAAAUUUCCGCACGGCAUCUCACCACUGGAUAUUCCCCCGUUCCUGGAAACAGCCGUGGCCGUUGCGGAAAAUGCCACGCGCGCGCAUCACGGCACCGUGGCGCUCAGCCUCGGCCCCUACGGGGCGUGCAUGAUCCCGAGCCAGGAGUACAGCGGGGAAUACGACGACGCGCACGAUUCGCAAGAAGCCCUGUGCCAGUGGCACCGGGAAAGAAUGCAGCUGUUCGGCAGGGUGCGUGGCCUGGCCUCCCGGAUAGGGUACAUGUCCAUGGAGACGAUCCCCCGGGCGGACGAGAUUGCGGCCAUGCGCGCGGCGCUGGACCAGGUGCCGGAGCUGGCGGGCGUGCCGUUCUGGAUGUCGUGCUUGUAUCCGGGGGAUAGUCCGUGUCUGCCCAGCGGCGAGGCGCCGGAGACUGCGCUGCGAGCCAUGUUUGACUCGAGGGUGGCGAAGUCGGUUCCGUGGGGCGUGGGCAUCAACUGCACCAAGGUGUGGAAGUUGACGGCUCUGUUGAAGCAGUACGAAUCGGUGAUGGAUAUGUUGGUACAGGAUGGGACGUUGCUCGAGUGGCCGGCACUGGUUCUCUAUCCCGACGGGACAAAUGGGGAGGUGUACAACACGGUCACGCAGGUAUGGGAGGUUCCUGGUGAUGGAAGGGACGUGAGCAGGGUGCCGUGGGAGGAACAGCUUGCUGAGGUUGUGAGGGGGACGGAAGGGAGAGGGAAAUGGAGGCAGAUUGUGGUGGGCGGGUGCUGCAUGGCGAGUUGGCAGGAUAUAGCACGCCUUCGGGAGAUUCUGCUAACGGCAUGA